AGCAACCAUCAGUCGCACGGUAGACGUCUCAAGUGGCAACACGUCGAAACUCUGUCAAUCGUAAAUUAAACUCGCACGCAGAUACGACAGUUUAUGCAAUGAUUCCUUUGUCAGUUAUAUUACUAUUGAUAAUAAUAGUUAUUACUUUAUUUAAAAGUGUUAUGAAACCAAAAAACUAUCCACCAGGCCCGAAUUGGAUACCAUAUUUUGGAUGCAGUAAUGUUGUGAACAUCAUGACUAAGAAAUACGGAUCACAAUGGAAGGCUCUCUCACUUUUAGCGAAAGAAUUCUCUACUUCUGUCUUAGGGCUAAAAAUGGGCAUGGAAAUGGUUGUUGUAGUUUAUGGAGAGAAAAAUAUUCGGCAGGUAUUCACGGAGAAGGAAUUUGAAGGCAGGCCAGAUAAUUUUUUCAUACGACUUCGUUGCCUUGGAAAGAGAUUGGGUAUAACAUUUACUGAUGGCCCUAUGUGGAGGGAGCAAAGACUGUUUGCGGUGAAGCAACUAAGAAGCGGUGGUUUUGGCAAAUCGCAAAUGGAGAAGGAAAUUCAGCAAGAGAUGAUGUAUAUAUUGAAAUACCUUAAGAAGCUGCGCGGACAACCUUGUGAUCCACAUCAUAUAUUAGCUACAUCCGUUAUGAAUAUUCUAUGGACUUACAUUGCAGGAGAGCGUAUAGAAGAAAAACGUUUGAAGCAUUUACUGGAGCUAUUAAAUGCGCGAUCAAAGGCGUUUUCUAUUGCUGGAGGUUUGCUGAAUCAAGUGCCCUGGUGCAGGUUUAUAUUUCCAGAGAUGAGUGGUUAUUCUCUUAUAAAAAGUAUGAACGAGCAAAUAUCUGCUAUUAUUGAGGAACAUAUUGAAAAGCAUAAAAAGAGGUUGGUUGAUGGAAACGAUUUUAUGUAUUCAUUUAUAGAAGAAAUUGAGAAUAAGAGAGAGGGAUUCACAGAGGAACAAUUGAAAACUAUAUGUCUCGAUGUACUUAUCGCUGGAUCACAGACAACGAGUAAUGUACUAGAAUUUGCUUUGCUGACUGUAUUGAGAAACAAGAGUAUGCAACAAAAGAUUUACGAAGAGAUAAAUCUGAUUUUGGGCGACGCAACACCAACUUGGUCUGAUAUGAGCAGACUCCUCUAUACAAACGCAUUUAUUCAAGAAAUCUACCGGUUUUACACGAUAGUACCUUUAAUGGGUCCUCGACGUACUCUUGAUGAUACAUACAUAGACGGGUACUUUAUACCAAAAGAAACGACAGUACUCAUGGCAGUUGGUGAUUUACACGUUGACCCGAAGAUAUGGUGCGAGCCGAGAAAAUUUAAGCCAGAAAGAUUUAUAGAUCAACGAGGCACAUUGAAAAAUGUCGAACAUUUGUAUCCGUUUGGCUUAGGUCGUCGCCGAUGCCCUGGAGACACUUUGGCCAAAUCUUUCAUUUUCAUCGUCUUCGUUGGUAUCCUGCAGAAGUUUAAAGUUGAGCCCAUCGAAGGCAACUUUCCUUCGGCGGAACCAAUAAUCGGCUUGAUUUCGUCACCUAGGCCGUAUUUAGCUGUGUUCACACCUCGUCGGAAUGAAUAAUGAAACUUUCUUCUUUCGAAACAUCUAUUUUUUUAAGUAUUAAAUAUCACUAAGCUUCUCAAUGGUGGUGGGU